AUGAGGGCUGGGGCCGAACUGAACAACAGCAUCGACCACCUUGCCAACCGUCUUGGCAAUGUCCGGGUCCAAACAAAGAAGCAGCGAAAGGCUGCCCGCGAAGCCGCUGCUUCCCCCGCAAAUGUCCCGGCCAAUGGCCUCCCGACUCCCUCUACCCGCACGGGUAACAAAACUCCCCGCGUGCCCAGGAUGGGCAAAAUCAUUGCCGUGUCUGACGGGCAUCACCAACGGUACGUUCGAGAGCGCAGAGGCAACACCGGCAAGGAUGAUACCAACACCCACCGCGCUGACCCUCGUCUUCUUAAGAGCGGUAAGAAGAACCGUCGCCAGAAACGCGCCGCUAGCGAGCCUGCUGAGGCCAACUAUGCCAGCGACGACCUUCGCCGAGGCCAGCUGCUAUUGGACAACCAACCGGCUGAGAAUAACGGUGCCAGCGUGUCAACCCCUUUGGUGGUCCCACAGGCCCUUUUCGACGCCUUCGGCACAGGUACGCCCAUGGGCGAAGAUACGCCCAUGACUGGAGGUACACCAAGUCUUGACUGUACUCCCAUGAGCGAGUGA